AUGGGCACUGUUUCCGCAGCUCAGAAUAAGCUCGUUAUCUCUGAUCUCCCAUCUCACCAUGUCUCAGAGAGGACGAAAACCAAAGAAUCCAAUACCUGGAACGACAGGGAGCAGCCACCUGCAGAGUCGGACCCGGGUAGCGCUCGACACGUAUUUGCAUUACUGGAGAGCUAUGCAGCAGCACAGGGACUAGUGCAGCGACACCAGGGCUAUACUUUACAGAGUCCCUGGACAGCGCAGCAAUCCAUUCUGCAUCCCGAGAACAUGGAUGAAAGGGCCCAGAGGCAGGGUGUCCCUAUCGAAGGAUUCUCCCAUAUUCCUAUCACCCCAAGGACGUCUACAUCCCUACCAGAGGCCAGCACGAGUAGCAGUGUUGAUAUGUCACUACAAUACAAGAGUAGUUUGGGUGAUAUGAGUUUUUCUACUAAUGCAAUGUCCUUCGCAUUUGACGACCUGUUUGCAACUCCAGCACAUGGAGACGACGCUGGGAGUCAUUCCUCCCUAUUUACGGCGCCAAUUCCACCACCUAUAUUCGUUCCCCAGUCCACUCCAGCCCCUUCACAACUGACCACAUCUCAAACUACGUCCCAGCUCAACGCGCGAGCGCAGGCUGCACUGGACUUACUUUGUGUGCUUUCGACAAAGAAAUACACCCUUCUGCAGCUGCUCGAGACCGUAAUCAAAGGGGAAGGACCUUUUCAGAUAGAUGGACGCUUCAAAGCCGCUUCUUCAGAUGAAUGCAAAGGAUAUCACCCCGGAAUUCAUCGAAACUUGGGACCUUUCUACGACCAUGGACUCCUCCUCACCCCAAUGUGGAACCAAAUUCUUGAUGCUGCUUCUGAGACAAUUUGGGCCAAAAAAGAGGCUGAAGCUAGCGGGAAGCAAUCAUAUCGGAACCGCCGGACUGGCCAGUUACCGAUCUACCCCCAGCACGUGACCGCUAAACUUCGACCAUCACGACAGGCACUUUUAGCUUAUACCCAUCAGUGCACUGUCACAAUUGCCAAAAUCCUCUUCAAGUACAUUCCCGAAUUUGAAAACAUCUCUGCCAAUCCAUUGUUUACAUAUCAGGAGCGACGAAAGGUUCCUGACGGUCACAAAACUAUCUUCUACCCUUUACGUGCCAGCACCAUUGAAGAGGCAAGCAUCGACGGAAAUCUCCAGGUCCACGACAAUAUCUACCGCACCCAACUGCGAAGAGACCCCCAUUCUUUGAGCAAGGUGGCUAUCCCACUCUAUGCUGACCAGCUCACGCUAGCACGGGUUCGUGGUGCACAGGACCUGCGCCUUGAUGAUGUGAAUGCCUGGGAGCGACAUUUUGUAUUCCAACUUGCUCCAGGAGUCUUCCACCUCGUCAUGAACCUCCUAUGGUGUCUCCUGCAUGUUCAUCGCGGUACCAUGCAGCAACUAGGCUCCCUUUCAUCAUUCUUCGCACUCAUGGAGAAGACUCGGCUUGGGAACGAUCAACCCGACUACCAUACUCUCCUGAUGGCAAUGACUCAGGUCCUUCACGGUCUAAUACUCAAUGCGUGGAGGAUUGAGACAGGAAGGCACGACCUGAAUGACUUUGCCAAAGAAGACCCCACCCCCGAACAAAUUCUAUCGAUUGCCCGGGACAUCCUUCAGAAACACGCAACUCCGACCGCACCACCAAAGCCAGAAAAUCCCAAGGCUCCACCCCAACCUCUUGUGGGUGAGGCGGAUGUGAAUCCAGAUCACAACGACGUUACCCUAUACAAUGUUCAUCUACUUACCCGGGAUCUCCUAUAUGUCAUCGAACUUGUUACGGCAAUUGAGACUGGCGACUGGGGAAGAUGCGAGGACAUAUUACCUUCUAUUGCGUGCCUUUUCCGUGGAGGAGGUUUGAACAACUACUUGAAUGAGAUCCUCUAUCUUCUUUACAACUUGAAGCAUGUUUGGAUGCCGGAAUUUGCCAAUAUUAUGCGAGACAAUAGUCUUGUCAAUCCCUCAGGCCUUCCCGGUUGCUGGAUGGGUGCAGAUAUGAAUAUCGAACAUCUCAUACGGUACCUCAAGGUAUGUAUUCCCAGAUAA